UUGAAUACAUAUUUGAUUCGGUAUUUAAAUUAUUUUAUUUAUUUAAUGUUAAAUGGAUGCCUGAUGUAGAAUCAAUAAUGCUUCCAGUUUGUAAAAAGUUACUAUCUGAUCAUCCAAUGUCCAAAAAAAUAAAUUUUCUAACUUAUAUGAGAUACAUUUUAUGUUUUAAAUUGUGGAGAAGACUAAUUAACUCCUCAUCGAGUAUGGACGAGUCUGUUAAAAGAAAAGAACUGGAGAUUUUAACAAAAUAUUUAAAACGGUUGAAUGUUCCAAAUGAUUUUAUGAGUCAACAUGAGAAAUAUAAUUGGCCUAACUGGCCUAACUGCCCUAAAUCAAUAAUGUAUUCAAAUAAAAAGCAACAUUCAUCACAGAUAGAUUUAAAAAAUAUUAGUCUAUUUUUAUAUGAUGAAAAUUUGCCACUCAGGAAGUGCUACAAGGAUAUAUUGGAUGCUGCUCCAGAAAAAGAUAUUCAAAUGAAACCAAUUUUAGAACAGUGUACUAUUUUACGACCAGAUUUAUUUACGAUUUCGAAAAAAGAACUUUUGAAAAAUUGGAAUGAAUAUUAUGAUGACACUCUAAAUCCACUUAUUCCAACUGCACCUUCCUUAAAUAGCUUGAUGAGAAAAAUCAAGUAUAAUUUAGUUCCAAUCACUGAUGAUUUAAGCAAGUUAAAGCUCUCUGGAGAAGGUUCGGCAAAUCAUUCACUCCCAAAUAUAGACAAUUUCUUACAUUCUGAUAAAAAAUCUAUGGAAAAAACUAAUCUCAUAGAUUCAUCAACUAAUAAAAUAAUUUAUGAAAGCAAUAAUGGUAGAAGUAAAGAAAAUGAAAAAUCUUCUGGUGAAGCCUUUAAAACAUUAAAUGAUUUCCCAGCUAAUGUAAAAAAAGAAUCAAGUGAAGAUGAAAUGCAAGUGAAUGUGAAAAAAUCAAAAUCAUCUGAAAAACAUGUUUUAAAUGGGGAUGAUGGCAGAUUUGAUUCUACACUAACUAAUAAUCCAAGUAGAUUGAAUUACAUUUCUGAAAUUACAAGUACUUCUAAUCACCCUGAAUUUUCGAAUUCUAAAGAAUCAAAAAGAAAUAAAUGUUCACCUUUUGGUGAUAAUAGCAGAAAUAAAAAAAUUUGCAGAACACAGUCCAUGCAUGAUAAAAGUGUAUUGAACUGCAACCCUAAUUAAAAAUCAUUGAUUCUAAUUUCCACAACUCAAAUAUUGAGAAUAUUAGUUGCAUCACUUUAAAUAAUGAUAACUCUGUAGUCUGUACUUGAAAAUCCAAAAAAUUACUGACACUACAGUUAAUAAUAUUUCUCUAGCUGAUACUACUGCUAAUAAUAUUUUACUCCUGAACUCUAAUAAAAAUAAUAUUUAGCUACAACUUGCUUUUUGAGUGGAACUAUACAACCUGGUAUCUGGUUGCGAUUUUGCUCCCUUGGGCAUCGCACGGCCUCUGAUAAUCAACAUAACUGCCGGGCCGAGAUGUCGCUGCUGUUGUUUUUCACCGGACACGUGUUUUUGUCCACCUACCUUUGGUGUGUGCCGUUUUGUGACCCACCACCUGAAACCACAUGGUUGUUGUAUAUUGUUACUCUCUAAUUUUAAAUAAUCGAGUUUUAUAGUUCUUGCUUUGAUGUCCCGAUUCUAAUUUACGUUUUGCGCAUCGGUGCGUUGUACAUCCCGUUUGUUGAAACCCGGACCAGGUGGUUUGAUAACCCCCGACUUUCACAUAAUUGGGUCGGAUUGUCGGUCACUUUGCCGUGUGAGCCCCAACCAAGUACUUCCACGUCAAAGGUUCUGUGCAGCAACAUCAUUCAAUGUCGUGAUCUGUCAGUCUGUAGUACCGCCGCAAUCCAGGUCAAUUGUAUUUUUAAACGUAAUUGUUGUAACUGGGCAUCAUACCACGGUGUUCGGCUGUUGAUAUAUGUUAGUUAUUUAUUAAAUUAUUAUUCAUUGGGAAUAAGUCAUUCAAUCUAUUUGUAUAUAUAUAUAUUAUUCAUUGUCUUAUGUUGUUGAAAUAGAAUUUAUUUGGUGUUAUACACACUACCACUAUAA